CCAGCAAGGUCAGCCGUAUCCAAGCAUGCUACCGUAUGGGCAAGAGUGGAUACAAGCCAGUCCGCAGAGACCACCAUGGCCCUUUAGACCAGGGUAUCUGUACGGCCCGCCUGGUCAUAGGGCUCCUUUAUUUUUUGCAUCGUAGAUUAGAUAAAAGUAAAUAUUAUAGGUAUGUACUAUAAGUUGAAUGACAGUUAAUAUUUAAAUAAUUUGGUUCCAAAAAAAAAUGUUAUAAACAGAAAAAUACUGCUGGUUGCUGUCAUCGUGUCUAUGAUUAUUGUCUAUGGUGGGUACAAAAAUGCUGCCAGCAAAUAAAAAAAUACUGUUAUUUUUUAAAUCUGUAAUUUAAUUUAAAUUAUUUUACUUAGGCAUAUUCAAUUAAUUUACCAGAUAUAAUGAUAUUUGAUAUUUGUUUGCAAGGAAAAUACAUCCCACCAUUUAAGAUUCAAAGCAUCUAAGAUGAAAUAUCCGUAUUUGUUAAGACCCAUGCACAUCUUUUCUGUACAAAAGACGAUAUGUCACUUUAAUACGAGGUACCUAAACCGGCUAUACUGUCCAAGAAUAAGAACAAACCUGUGUCGUCGAAAUUGCUUCCCAAUGGCUAUAUGUAUAUUUCAUAAGUUACCUUUAAAUAUUAAAAACUUGAGAUAAAAUGAAUUUAAAACGAAAUUAUUUCAGUGGCUAAAAGAAAAUACAUUUUAUUUUAUUACGCCUACAUUUUUAAAAUUGCCACUAUUUCUACUAACAGAGAUGGCUACUGGAUAGACUAUAGCUACCUCUUGAUAUUUCUUACGUUUGAAUUUGUGACCUUACUGACAAGUAAUAAUAAAAAGUGAAGUGUAUAAGUAAAGUAGGUAUUUAUGAAAAGUUACAUUGGGCAAAUUACUGUAAUAUUCAUUAUACAAAAUUCAAGAUAUUGUUCAGAAUAGUAUGGCAGCACUAUAACCCUGAAACGUCAAUGUCAAAAUAAUCAAAUCACAAAUCAAGACAAAUAGACCGAAAAUACGUGUCGGCUGUCGCGUAAGUUGAAGCGACUACGUUAAUCGUGUGUUGUGUAUUAUUAUGUGUUUUUUACCGAUUCCAUAACAAUAGUGGCCUCUGGCAAUGCAGGAAUACGUUCCCAAGCUACACAAUAUCUCUUAACGUGCGUUCUGUGUGAAAUUGGAGUCAUGAUAUAGUGCCGUGUUUUAUAGUUUAGGGAAAAAACAUGGAUGUGUCUCUAGAUAAGGAUUGGAAGAAUAAGCUUGGAUUCCAAAUUAACUUUAAAUCGGAUUCCGAAGAAGACCCCGACGUAGCAGCCGUCGUAAUGCGUCGCCCGCCGCCUUCGCGUCGCUCCACCGAAUACUUACUCGACGAUGUCGGCGACGGAGCGGAAGCUGACCUACUUAGCAGCACGCCGCCGAGAGCGCUUAUCAGGAAAAAGGAGAAGGCUCGAAGAUGGUGUGUUUUUGGCAGGGAGAAUAUUGACGAGGCGAGGUUCCAGAAAAUGAUGAGAGACAGAAGAAAUACAACCGUCUACGUAUCUUCCAACGAUGCUCCUAUCAUACCAGAACGUUUAAAAAAACGAUGGAGCUUAAAACGAUCCACCGACAGAGACUGGAAGAUCGAGAUGGGACAGCGGGGAGAGGCUAAAGCAGACUCACUACCCCUUACAGAAACUCCAGCCGUGCCUACUCUGGUGGAAUCCUGCAGCCGCUUCAUGUCCCUAACCUCGCGCCUGAAGUGCCGCGCGUCGCACGCCGAGCGGGCGGCCGAGCGCGAGGCGCCUCAGGAACAGCUGCCAGAGUCCCGGGUCAACUUCCACCGAACGUUCAGCAUGCUUAUUAAUAUGGGGAAUGUGGACAAGGGCUGUAGAAGAACGAUAAGCCGGGAAGAGCAAGUAUGGCAGAACGAACUCAAAGACCUGAUAUGGCUGGAGCUGCAAGCCAAGAUUGCCGGCCGCACGCUAGCGCAGCAAGAUCUCUUUCUCUGCUCGCAGAGGAAUAUUAUACCUACGUUGAUAAAGAAUAUUAUUGACUAUAAGUUUGUUAAUCCGAAUCCGUGCAAAGGCCGUUCUAAGCGGCUCUGUGCAACCAACGGUUCCCGCGAAGAUCUCACCAACGAAGACCCUGAUGAUGAGACAGAAGAAGACAAGCUCGGCUGCCUCUCGUUCGACUGUCGACUCUGUUCGUCGGCCAUCGGAGCGGCCAUGUCUGCGGUGCGCGCGCUGCUGGACGCCUUCCACCGCGCCGGCGCGCUCUACCCCUCCAGCUGCGCCAUGACCGCCGACCACAACCUGCUCGCCACCAGCCUCUUCCAGAACAGGAUCAAGGCGCUAUGUCUGUGGUACAACAUGGCGAUGCAUAUGCGACUGAAGAUCCUGUCCGUGCGCCGCCUGCUGGCCACCGUGGGCGCGAAGGGCCGGCGCGCCGUGUGCGAGGACUACCCGUGCCUCGAGCCCGGCGUGGACGGAGAACGCAGGGAUCGCGACACAAAUCAAUGCACCCAGCGCCAAGUGCGUUUCAUCUGCGACAACCCUACGAGCUCCACCAAUAGCGACGAGAGUUGCCCCACGGAGAACCAAUCAGAGGUCGAGAAAGAACCGACCGACCAAUCGGAGUGCGAUGCGGAGCAGUCAGGGGUGGCGCAGAGUGCUAAUGGAGAGAAUAAGGAUGAGACUGAUUGUGUUAUUAGGACAGAUGAAAACGGCCAUACUACUCCCGAGAUCAUAAUCUCCGACGCAAAAUACAGUACCAAUGACACAAGUACGUCAAGUGAGAGCGGCUACAUGUCAGAAAGAGAAAGAUGGUUUAACACCAGCUCAUCUGAGUCUGUGUUCAAUGUUGGAUCGUUAGCCGAUCUGACAAGGUUAAGGUUGCUGGAGAAAUGCGAUGUUUCGCCUUAUAGAGAGUAUCACUACGAGAUCCUGAAGAUACAGGGCGUGCGUCGGUCGAUGAUGUUCAUUCACAAACUGCGUACGAAGUUGCUCAACAAAGUAUACCUCACAUUUUUGCAGCCUGAGAGUACGUUGGACGGAUCGAGUAGAGAAGAGGAUCCGACGGACGCGUCCGACGAGAAAAAUGACAAGACUCAAAGGGCUAGGGAAGGUGAAGACGAGCACGAGUUGAGGAGAUUCGGCUGCUGGUCCGAAGAAACCCUUUCAAUGGGGUUACCCUCGUACCGCAACCACUUCCUGCUGCUCAGCAGUAUUUGCAUGGAGGCCGUGCAUGACUACCUCACGCUGCGGCUCGAAGGCCGCCCGGAACAUCCCUCUUGUCUCACUAUAAAGCAGCUAAUCCACGAACUAAAAGAGGGCCUGGACAUCGCGACGACAAUGCGUCAAGCGUUCGUCGGCAACAUCGAAGUAGCGCUGCGCGGCUGCCGCGCCGGCCACGCCGCCAGGCAGGACUUGUUACUCAUCAUUAAGACCUUCGACGCCAGUGUGGAAGACGUUUUCAAGCAAUACCUAUCCUACUUAACUGCCAUGUCAGAAGUCGAGCACAUGCCCCGCUCGAGUCUAGAGGCCGAAUGGAGCUUCGUGGCUCGAGUGGCCGAGCGCGGCUCGUGGGUCAAAGACCUCGCGCCUGUCGCUUUCACUGACAUCGCGUGUAACCAGCUGAAUAGAGUAAUGAAACAAUUCGAGGCUAAGAUAGCAGCAAUCGACCAAGUAAAUAAGCCGGAGCCGGACAGAUACGUGUUCUACACGCUGUGCCGCGAGGCGCAGAGCGUGUUCGCGAGCGAGCGCGAGGCGGCGCUGCAGGCCGCCGCCUUCGCGCGCGCGCUCGCCUCGCGCCACGCGCGCGCCGGCCUCGGCGCCCGGCGGGCCAGGCGACGGAUCUACGUACGUUACUCGUUCAUUAUAGAUCGAGCGAGGCGGCGCUGCAGGCCGCCGCCUUCGCGCGCGCGCUCGCCUCGCGCCACGCGCGCGCCGGCCUCGGCGCCCGGCGGGCCAGGCGACGGAUCUACGUACGUUACUCGCCGCCGCCUUCGCGCGCGCGCUCGCCUCGCGCCACGCGCGCGCCGGCCUCGGCGCCCGGCGGGCCAGGCGACGGAUCUACGUACGUUACUCGUUCAUUAUAGAUCGAGCGAGGCGGCGCUGCAGGCCGCCGCCUUCGCGCGCGCGCUCGCCUCGCGCCACGCGCGCGCCGGCCUCGGCGCCCGAUCGAGCGAGGCGGCGCUGCAGGCCGCCGCCUUCGCGCGCGCGCUCGCCUCGCGCCACGCGCGCGCCGGCCUCGGCGCCCGGCGGGCCAGGCGACGGAUCUACAUCGAGCGAGGCGGCGCUGCAGGCCGCCGCCUUCGCGCGCGCGCUCGCCUCGCGCCACGCGCGCGCCGGCCUCGGCGCCCGGCGGGCCAGGCGACGGAUCUACGUACGUUACUCGUUCAUUAUAGAUCGAGCGAGGCGGCGCUGCAGGCCGCCGCCUUCGCGCGCGCGCUCGCCUCGCGCCACGCGCGCGCCGGCCUCGGCGCCCGGCGGGCCAGGCGACGGAUCUACGAAAGUCUAUUCCAAUUACGUGAGUGCAUCGUCCGACACACCAUGGAGAUCCUCGAGCACGCCAGCAAGAGUCCUCCCGAAGAAUAUCUUCACGAAGUCACAGAUGGUGUCGUAGCUAGAGUCAGGGAUCUGCUGCUCCAGAUAUACAGACUUGGCUUUGAGCUCCACCGCGAAUGCUACAAAUUCGUUCACGGCAACAAGCCCCCGCCGCGCCGCCAGCGUCCAUCGUCUCUGCAGCCGCCGAGAACGACACUCGUGCGGCCGCGGCGCCCGGAGACCAUGCUGGUGCACGAGUCCGUCAAUCCGAUGAUCCACAAAGAGCUCCACCGUUUCGUGAACGAGCGGUUCGGCCCCACAUGCCGUCGGCCUCGCGCACCACGUUGGCUACUACGCUCCGAGUCCGUCACUGAGGACGAACCAGAAGGGACCUUCGCUGAGAUUGACUAUCCUGAAAUCAAGGUGUCUACCUAUAAAGAGCUACACCGCUUCGUGAACGAGCGGUUCGGCCCCACAUGCCGUCGGCCUCGCGCAUCACGCUGGCUACUACGCUCCGAGUCCGUCACUGAGGACGAACCAGACGGGACCUUCGCUGAGAUUGACUAUCCUGAGAUCAAGACCCAAGUCUCAAUAGAAGAGCUCCUAGGCUCCCCCCCUCCCCCGCCACAACCGCGGCCCGAGCAGGAGCCAGACACCGACGAGGAGGCCUGGAGCGCGGCGGUCGCUCGCGCUAUAGUGUGCUUCGCGCGCUGCUGGAUGCGCUUCGUGCUGGAGCGAUGUGAGCGGGGUCGAGGCCGGAGGCCUAGAUGGGCGAGUCAAGGGCUGGAGUUCCUGAUGCUGGCGUGCGACCCGUACAACACGAGGCAUCUCAGCGAUGAAGAGUUCGAGGAGCUGAAACAUCUCAUGGACGGUUGCAUUUCACACGUGAUCGGGUCGCGCGGCACGACGCGCGGCGCGGACGCCGAGCCGGCGCCGCGGCCCCGCCACCGCCUGCACAGUCCCUUACCAAGCCAGACGGGUGCCUCCAAGGAGAGCCCGACGCCUUCUACGCCGCCGGGGGAGCCCGAAGCGGCGCCGAACUUUAACGUACCUGAACCACAAGCACGCACGAGAAGCGUCAUGGAAGCGAUAAAGAAACUAGAUAUGUCCCGCGACGCGGCCCUGCGUUCGAUGAAAGCUGUGGGGCGCGUGGCCGAGCCCGCCGUGACGCCCGACUACGAGCCGCGAGUACGACAAGUCACAUUCAAGUGGCAGCGGGGACUAAAGAUCGGCGCUGGGACGUUUGGGAAGGUGUACACGGUAGUGAACACGGAGACGGGGCAGCUCCUGGCCAUGAAGGAAGUGAGCAUCGCGGCCGGCGACCGGCGCGCCAUGCAGCGCGCCGCCAACGAGCUGCGCGUGCUCGAGGGCGCGCAGCAUCCGCAUCUCGUGCGGUACUAUGGGAUAGAAGUACAUAGGGAGGAAAUGCUAAUCUUCAUGGAGCUAUGCGUGGAGGGUUCUCUAGAAACCUUGAUAGCGACAUCUGGCGCUCUACCUGAACAAACAGUACGGCGGUAUACAUCGCAGCUCCUCAGUGCAGUCUCAGAGUUGCAUGCGAGGAACAUAGCGCAUAGGGAUAUUAAGAGUGGCAACAUAUUCCUGAUGAACGAAGGCCACUGCCUGAAGCUGGGCGACUUCGGCUGCGCCGUCAAGAUCCGCGCCACCGCCACCGCCGCCGGCGAGCUGCAGGGCUACGUCGGCACGCAAGCGUACAUGGCGCCCGAGGUGUUCAUGAAGUCGGACGGGCACGGGCGCGCCACGGACAUCUGGUCGCUCGGCUGCGUCGUCACCGAGAUGGCGUCCGGCAAGAGACCAUUCUCCGAAUACGACAGCAACUACCAAAUAAUGUUUUUAGUGGGCAUGGGCGGCCGGCCGCACAUACCCGAGACGCUUUCCGAAGAAGGACAGCAGUUCUGCUUGCUCUGUCUCACGCACGACCCGGACAAGAGACCGAAGGCCGAGGCACUUAAGUUGCACCAUUUUCUCAUGGUGAAAAACGACGAAUGCUUCGAAUGCCAGCCGGGAAAGUUCCUAUAAAGUACGAUUUGACCUUCUACCAUAAACUACCAUCACGAUCAUAAGAGUCGGCCUUAGGGACGAGCGUUCAGCGGAGCAUUCCGCGGAGCGUUGAGCGGAGCGUUCAUCGGAGCGUUCCGCGGAGCGUUGAGCGGAGCGUUCAUCGGAGCGUUGAGCGAAGCGUUCAUCGGAGCGUUGAGCGGAGCGUUCAUCGGAGCGUUCCGCGGAGCGUUGAGCGGAGCGUUCAUCGGAGCGUUCCGCGGAGCGUUGAGCGGAGCGUUCAUCGGAGCGUUCGACGGAGCGUGCGGCGCGGCGCCGAGCGGAGGGAUCAGAACAGCGUGUGGGCGGGGAGGUCGCGCACAUAUUUCUAUACAAUGUGUUUGUCCACGUAUAGUGGACCCGUUAACCACGUAUAGUACGAUGAAUUUUAUCUAGUGGAACACGGAAGCUUUUUAAACGACAUUGUUGCUAUGGCACGCGCUCAAAACGGGAGCCGACCGCUCGCACAAAAUAAACAACGGCUCUUGUUUAACAGAUCAGGUCUUAGACGUAAAAAUCAUUCGAGAAAAAUCAUACUAUACAUAUAUUGUAAUAUUUAUAUGGAGAUCCUUGGUCCUCCGCCUUUGUCCGGCAGUGGACGUCUUUCAGCUGAGAUGAAGAAUAUUUAUAUGAAAGUUUAAUGCUAUAUAAGGGGUAGACUGUUAGAAUAUUUGAACCCUUAGGGUAACAUCCAGCCCAUUGUACAAGUUGGUGGCUUAAAAUAUGCUUUAAUAGUAUAACACUUAUAAUAAUUGUGUAUACAUUAUACAACCAUUUUUCAGGUUUCAAUUAGACAUUAAACUCCAAAUCCUGAAAAUCAUGUGAUAUUGAUUAUCUUUUUAGGUAUAGAUCUUAAAAAAUAUAUAGUUCACAAAAUAUUAGUAAAAUGUUAAAGUCAUUGGCAUACUCUCUGUUUAUUGAGGUUGGCCGUUUUGAAGGAAUUUCGUUUCGGAGUAAAAUAACUACUUAACAAUAUUUCAAUAUGCUAAAACGACUUGUAAUAAGUUUUUGGCAAAAAUUUCGUUUUUGGUACAAGCUUUUAUCGCUGACUGUACUUUUCUUUCCUCAAGUAACUAAUACUCAUCGAGACGAUUCUAAAAACCCCCAAACACAAUUAGGUUACGUUGUUUUAUCACAGAGUUCCUAUGUCCACCUCCUGUCUCCAUCGUCAGAUCAUCUCGAUGGUACCAUAAUAUUGCAUUGUCACCUGACUUACAUAUGUAUGCAAAUUUUCAGCUUCAUCGGAAACCGGGAAGGGGGUCAAAUUUAACUUGCAAGAUUUGAUUACAAACAGACAACGGUCAGGUGAAAGUAAAUAAAAGCUUGUAAAAUAGCUUAACGUCGGCGGUAAAUAUUAGAAAAGAGUUAUAUAUUAUUAUUUUUUAGACGAGUUGUCAACUUUAAGAAAAAUAUCUGCUUCAAAAGUAGCCGCCUCCUUACAAUUGGCUACAGUUUUUUUGUAAAUAAUGUCGAUCGAUCUUGAUUUUCCUGAGGAUCAAAUGUCUAUAUAGUCCUAUAUAGACAUUUGA